AGAAGCAGUACUGAUAUUGUACUCGACCAUAUCUCAUGGGCCGGGUACAUAUCCUUGGCAUUGGGUCCAUUGGCACCCUUAUUGCCCAUCAUCUUCGCUUGGCUCAUCCCUCUCUCCCUCUCACUCUUCUGGUUCGUAAUGCCUCCCUUUUCUCAGAUCUGUCUGUCACGCGCAAUGGAAUAACUUCCAGAUCUUCAAAUUAUGACUUCGAGUCCCCGAACUCCGAAGGAUGCCACAUAACAUCUCUAAUUGUGACACUGAAAACGACUCAAACACUCUCAGCCAUCCGGCCUCUGCUUCCCCGCUUGAGUCCCACUUCGGUCGUGACUCUGUUGCAAAAUGGGAUGGGUGUAUAUGAUGAGUUAUGCGAGCAUCUGUGGCCAGAGAAUACCAACCGACCAUUCUUCGUUUUAGGUACAACCCCGCAUGGGGUCGCACCUGCUGGCGGUAAAGGCGUAAUUGGACAUCACACACCUAAUGGUCAUGGAGAUAUCAAAUGGGGAGUAGUACCACAUCCUAGAAAAGUCGCAGACCCCUUGGAAAAGUGGUUAUUUGGUUCAAACUCAACAGUUAUUGAAUCGCCUUUGCAACUUCCAGCCGUACCGGAGGGUAGUGGAGACCUGACCAAUCUUCAUUUUACUCUCUCUGCUCUGCUUUCCACAACACCCCUCAACCCUAUGCUCUUAUCCUAUCAUCAAUUGCGUCUGGCCCUAUUGUUAAAACUGGCUGUGAAUGCAGUUGUUAACCCACUUACCGCCGUUUUGGGAAGAGGGCAGUUGCGAAACGGCACUCUAUCCACCUAUAGCGGCGGCACAGCGCUGGUCGAGGCCGUGGUGGACGAAACAUCUAGGGUCUUUCUGUCCUACCUACAAACCCAGUCCUUCUCCUCGGAGGAGCUGCAAGCGUUUCAACCACACGUCCUUCAGCAGCAUCUUACGAACAUCAUCGCCUCUACGGUUGAUAAUACAUCUUCUAUGGCUGUAGAUAUACGCGAGAAAAGACUUACAGAGGUGGACUAUAUCAAUGGCUACGUUGUCAAGCUUGGUGAGAAAAUGGGUUUGGAGACACCUGUUAAUGAAAUGCUGUAUAAUAUGGUCAAAUUUAUAGAGUCUAUAUAAUGUCUAGAUACAUGAUAUACUAAUACAACGAC